AUGACACAAGGAAGGUUUGAAAGUAGAGCCUAUAAGUCUAUCACCAAGACUCGUUUACGUCAUUUAAGAGAUAUUGCAGAUGGCUUAUCAAUUAUUCAUAGUAAGAGUAUUAUCCACCGUGAUCUUCAUAGUGGAAAUAUUUUGAUGAAGCAAUAUGGAAAUGAAAAUACAAAAUAUACUAGAAUAGGUGAUUUAGGAUUAAGUAAAUCGGCUACUGAAGCUGACGAUAAUGAAAUUUAUGGAAUUAUUCCAUAUAUGGCUCCAGAGGUUCUUCAAGGACAAAAAUACACCAUAAAAUCAGAUAUUUAUAGUUUUGGUAUGAUUAUGUGGGAAUAUAUGACGGGUAGAAGACCUUUUUGGGAUCGUGCUCAUGAUAAUGAGCUGAUUAUUGAUAUUUGUGAUGGCUUACGUCCUCCAACAGUUGAUAUUGUAGCACCUGAAGGUUAUAUUGAGCUAAUGAAAGAAUGUUGGGACCCUGAUCAAAAUAAACGGCCAGCUAGUGGCAUCAAAAGAGCAAGUUGA